GUUGAUGUGAAGCCGUCAAUGGGAUUAUAGCGUAGCGACGUGUUCCUUUGUAAUUUUAGCAGCAUCAUCCUCUGGGAGCUGAGAUUAGAGCACCUUGUUGACAGCUGACUGAAUUAUGCCGCACUGUCUCAGCCUCAUUUCAACCCGACAAUCCUCACAAGUCACAGCAGACUCGAUAGCAGCUCAGGACCACCAUCAUGUCCGGCCUGCAGACACAGGUCCUGCCUGCUCUCCUCUCUCUGCUACUCUUGUCUGCCCUGCUGCCUGGCACAGAUGCCCGACGUGGACGCGGAGGUGGUGGUUUCGGUAGAGGCGGCGGUGGCUUCAGCCGCGGUGGCGGUCAGGCCUACAGGCCAGUGCAGAGCAGCGGCCCCAGUGCAGGGAAGGUAGCUGGAGCUGCGGCGGCCGGCGCCAUCGGAGGAGCCAUGCUGGGGUCGGCCUUGAGCCGUCCCGGUUAUGGCUAUGGUGGGGGGUACGGAGGAUACGGUGGAUAUGGGGCUUAUGGAGGAUACGGCGGUGGUUAUGGUGGAUAUGGAAUGGGAUAUGGAGCCCCACGCGCCUUUGGCCCCAGAACCGGUUAUGAGCCGGAGGGAUCUGGAGAUAUGGAGUACUACUAUGCGGCAUCAAGCCGGCCGAUCCACAACAGCAUCAUUGUGGUCAUUGGCUCUCUGGUGUCCCUGCUGGUCAGUCACUGGAUGCUCUAGACCUGGUUCUGCUCAUGGAGGUGGAACACAGGCUGAUGAGGGACUUUAGCAACCUCAAUGUCGGGAGUAAAUCCAUCUCUUGUUAAUAGGUUUCACAAAGUCAUGCCAAAAUACAGAUAUUUAAAACUUGUUUAUUUUUUCUAUAAAGGUUUAGGAGAAUUGUAAUUGUACAAAUGAAUGUCAGGCUGACGUGGACAGGUUAUGGUUAGACUGGAUGAACAAGUUCAGUACAACACCGUCACCACACCAGAUUUCUGUUGACGUGGUAUUUAUUUUGGAUGUAUUUACUUGUACAAGGUGCACAUGCCGUACAGUCCCGUCUAGGCUACCUCACACACCUGAGUCAGAACUGCUGUAAAACCCUCUUUCCACUUACUGUAUGUCUCCUCUGGUUCUCAUCAGUUUAUCAAAUGCUCGAAGACACAGUGCUGCUAUAGUACAGCUGUACCAGUAUGCUGAAUAAAAACCUACAUUUUG